ACAUUUUAAAGAUGCAAGGAUGUUGCAUAGUAGGUUCUUCCUAAAUGCGAUUUUCUUUAGCCUUGUUUUAACAGACGGGUCCUUGAAAACUGGCUAUGAUAAUUUACAAUGGGGUAAGAGGCUUCUGGGCAGGCUACUGACCAUUAUAGCCCAGGUCAGUCCCCUGGACUGCGCCGAGGAAUGUUUGAUCCGCUCCGAAUGUCUGUCAUUUAACUACAGGCGGGCCGAGAAAUUCUGUGAACUGAACUACGAGAGCGGCGAAGGCUCCAAUGCAAAGUUGUCAGAUGAAGAAGGGUGGAUCUUUAGCCGUCGAGAAUCUUGGCCUAUGGAAAUAUCAGAGGCAUGUAAGAACAUAAGAUGCGCUUUUAACCAAAAGUGUAUCAAAAAUUCUUACGUCUCCACUGAAUGCAAGCUAGCACAUUGUCAUCCAGUAGACUUACAGCUUCCACAAAAUGUUCAGAAUUUUAGUUCUGAAAAAGCUCUAAAUCUGGGGAGCAAGCACAGCUUAACCUGUGUAGACGGAUAUAAUCCGUCUGGGGACGAGACCGUGGAGUGCCUGAGGAAUGGAACCUGGAGUGACGUCAAUAUCACGUGUCAUGAGUGUGUAACAGGAUGGAUUUGUAACAACGACAAAGGGACAUGCUACCGACGAAUUGGUUCACCUUUAACUCAGGAAGCGGCGAUGAGGUCCUGCAGGAUCUGUGAUUCUUACCUUGUAGAAGUUAACGAUGAUGAGGAAAAUAGAUGGAUCACCGAGAAUGUACUAAAGGGCUUGU